AUGGUGCUAGAUUCGCCUCAGGUGACUGCACUCGCAGCUCGCACGACAGAAGUUGUUAUCGCAGAAUUAAAAGGACUCGCCCCCAAAGCAGCCAAUGUUGACGUCAAACGACGCCUUAACUCUUAUUCUGAUUCACAAUCUGAUUUCUCAGAGCUCAUAGAACUCACAUUGAAGCCGACUGUUAAGCUUGCUCUUGAGUAUGAAGAAGAGAAUGGAGAGGCAGAGUACGAAGACAGUGAUGAUGAGAUUCAAACAACGGCCAGACCACGAAAGGUUACAGAGCGGAAACGUCGACUGAAUGCCAUUGCCGAUAACUUCAUUCAGGAACGAAAUCAAAAAAUGCUCAAGGAAGGCAACAGGGUUCGACCUGAGGACGAGGCACAGCAAUCUGCCAGAUGGCUUGUUAACCAGUCUGAGGAUCGGCAGAUCAUCUCAACUCCUCGGGAAUACCAGGUCGAGCUUUUCGAGAGAGCCAAGGAGGAGAAUGUUAUUGCUGUUCUUGAUACUGGAACUGGCAAAACCUUGAUUGCAGUUCUCCUACUCCGCCAUAUUUUCGCGCAAGAGCUGGAGGAUAGAGCAAUAGGCAAAUCAAAACGCAUAUCAUUUUUUCUGGUGGACUCUGUGCAAUUGGUGUUUCAGCAGCAUGCUGUCCUCAAAGCUAAUCUCGAUCAGCCAAUGGCAAUGUUCUGCGGAGAGAUGGGUUGUGAUAUGUGGAGCCAGUCACACUGGGAAGAUAUUUAUAACAAGAACAUGGUCAUUGUUUGCACGGCAGAAGUUCUUCGACAGUGCCUCCAUCGAUCCUUCAUCUCGAUGGACCGAAUCAAUCUCCUCAUUUUCGACGAAGCCCACCACGCAAAGAAGGAUCAUCCUUAUGCUCGCAUUAUCAAGGACUUCUACGCCCAGAACGAGAAUGGCUCAGUACUACCAAAGAUAUUCGGCAUGACAGCAUCUCCAGUCGAUGCAAAUACGGAUGUUCGUAAAGCUGCCGCUGAAUUGGAAGCCAUAUUGCAUUCACAGAUUGCCACCACGGAUGAUCCCACUUUGAAGCAAUAUCGUAUUAAUGAAAAGCAAGAGCAAUUGGUUCGGUAUCAGGCUCUCAGCCCGACUUUUGAGACACCGCUGUACAACCAGAUGUAUGAGCGAUUCAGUAAAAAUCCCAUUCUCGCCAAACCACUCCUAUUUGCUCAUGAAGCAACUCGACAAUUGGGCGCAUGGUGUGCGGACCAGGUUUGGCCUUUCUGUCUUGGUGAAGAGGAGUCUCAAAAGCUUCAAGCUAAGACUGAACGUCGAUAUCAUGCGAGGAAAAUUCAAGAGCCUCUGGAGAUCUUGGAGAAACGCAAGGCGCAAAUUGCCGAAGCCAAGGAAAUUGUGAAGAUGCAUACUUUCAACCCUCCAGACUUGAGCACACUACGGAUGGAUGGAGCAGCGUCAUCGAAUAUCUCUUCCAAGGUUAUGCACUUGAUAUUGAUCUUGAAGGAGCGAUUUGAGAGACCUACUGAUGACAAAUGCAUUGUGUUUGUCAAUCAAAGAUACACUGCUCGUUUACUGGCAAAUCUCUUUACUCAACCAAAUGUUGGGACGCCGUACUUGUUCGUAGGCACUCUGGUCAGUAUCGGUACUCGGACUGGUGAAGCAGGAGAUCUCAACACCUCAUUCCGUGACCAGGUGAUUACAAUGAUGAACUUUCGCAAAGGCAUUAUCAAUUGCAUCUUCGCUACCUCCGUUGCCGAAGAAGGAUUGGAUGUUCCGGACUGCAAUCUUAUCAUUCGAUUCGAUCUGUACACUACACUAAUCCAGUACAUUCAAUCCAGAGGUCGUGCACGCCAUGCCAACUCAAGAUACAUACACAUGUUUGAAGCGGGCAAUCGAGAGCAUGAGACCGCUAUGUUGAAAGUCCGCCGAGACGAAAAUAUUCUCAAGAGAUUUUGCAGCGCUCUUCCAGAAAAUCGCAAACUCACUGGCAACAAUUUCAACAUGGACUACUUCCUCGCAAAGGAAAAGAGUCAUCGUGUCUACAAGACAUCGAAAGGUGCUAAACUUACUUACAAAAUGAGCUUGAUGGUCCUGGCAAACUUCGUCGACUCAUUACCUCAUGGUAUGGAUGUCAACCUUCAGCCAGAGUAUGUCAUGACUAUCCAAAACAAGAAUUUCAUCUGCGAGACAGUUCUGCCAGAGGAGUCUCCUAUUCGUGGAGCCAUAGGAAGACCAGCAUCCACAAAACAAGUUGCGAAAUGCUCAGCAGCAUUCGAGACAUGUUUGGAGCUGAUCAAGGGCAAAUACCUUGACGAGUGGCUAUGCCCUACAUUCACAAAACAGCUGCCGGCCAUGCGAAAUGCACUCCUCGCUGUAGACUCGAAGAAACGAGAAGCUUACGAUAUGAAGACGAAGCCAACGAUUUGGUCGUCGACUGGCUUUCCUGAUCGUUUGUUCGUGACAGUCUUACGUCUUGAGAAUCCAAGUGCUCUUGACCGUUCAUCACAACCGAUAGCUUUGUUGACCAGAUCUUGCCUACCCCAACUGCCAUCGUUCUACUUGCACUUUGGGAACGACCGUCAUUCUCUUGUGCAGUGCUCCUCUUACACGGAACCCAUCACGGUCACGGAGGCAAUUGUCGAGCAGAUCAAUUCUUUCACUCUCUGUAUUUUCGACGAUGUCUUCAGUAAGGGGUAUGAGUCGGACCCAACCAAGAUGCCAUACUUCCUUGCUCCUAUCAGCGAGCAAGUUACCGUCGAUCUUGGUAGCGAUCCAUCUGGCUUGAUUGCAUGGGAUAUCUUGAAGGCUAUUGAAGAGCAUCAAGUAAAGUGGGCCGCAAACCCAUGGGAUAACAAAUCAUGGGAAACUGAGCCCGACGAAUUCUUCAAAGACAAGUAUAUCGUUGAUCCUUACGACGGCUCUCGCAAGAUGUGGAGUAAAGGUGUAGCCUAUGGACAUAAAGCUUUGGAUCCUGUCCCGCCCAAUUCUGCACCGCGCAAGGGUACCCGAAAGAACAACGAUAACAUCAUGGAGUAUAGCUGCUCCCUCUGGGCCAAGGCUAGAGCUCGCAGAACCUUUGAUCCUAACCAACGUGUUGUCGAGGCCGAAUUCAUUUCCCUACGACGAAAUUUGCUUGAUGAAUUUGCUACUGCUGAGGACGACAGCCCCAAGAAAUGCUUCGUCAUCCUGGAACCUUUGAAAAUCUCUGCUCUACCAACCACCGUCGUUGCGAUGGCUUAUAUCUUCCCUGCUAUAAUUCAUCGCCUCGAAUCGUACCUCAUUGCUUUGGAAGCUUGUGAACUCCUUCAUCUUAAUAUCCGACCAGAUCUCGCACUCGAAGCUGUCACGAAAGAUUCAGACAACACGGAUGAACAUGGUAAUGAGCAGAUCAACUUUCAAAAAGGCAUGGGUAACAAUUACGAGCGUCUCGAAUUCCUGGGAGAUUGUUUCCUCAAGAUGGCCACCUCAAUCUCCUUAUUCGGCAUCCAUCCAGAAAAUGACGAGUAUAGCUACCAUGUUGACCGCAUGAUGUUGAUUUGCAAUAAGAACCUCAAGAACAAUGCAAUCAAGCUGAAACUUUACGAGUACAUCCGCUCGGAGAGUUUCAAUCGACGAGCAUGGUACCCAGAGGGUCUGGUUCUCACGAGGGGAAAGACGGCAACAGCGCCCAAUACACAUAAGCUUGGUGACAAGAGCAUUGCAGAUGUUUGCGAGGCUUUGAUAGGCGCCGCACUCCUCACCUGCCACGAAACGAAGUGUAUGGACAAUGCGGUUCGAGCAGUUACCGAGGUGGUUUCUAGCGAAAACCAUCGAGUCACCUCUUUCGCCGAAUACUACACGCUUUACAAGAAGCCCAAGUAUCAAUUAGCGGCCGCCACUGAGAUGCAACGCAAUCUAGCGUUGCAGCUUGAGCGAGAGCACCCGUACCAUUUCAAGUAUCCUCGCUUGGCUCGUUCGGCGUUUACUCAUCCCUCAUACCCCUACUCGUAUGAGCAUGUACCUAGCUACCAACGCUUGGAAUUCUUGGGUGACUCGCUCCUUGACAUGGCUUGUGUCAACUUCCUCUUCCACCGUUUCCCAGAUAAAGAUCCGCAAUGGUUGACGGAGCACAAAAUGGCCAUGGUAUCCAAUCAGUUCCUUGGCGCACUCUGCGUAUCUCUCGGAUUCCACACUCACCUGUUGUUGUUCAACGCCGGUUUCCAAAAACAGAUCACAGAUUAUGUCACAGACAUAACCGAAGCCAGAGAGCAAGCCGAAAAGGACGCAAUUCGUGCUGGUAAACUCGCCAAAGAGUGCUCUCGAGAUUAUUGGAUCAGUGUUCGCCAACCACCAAAGUGUCUUCCCGAUAUCGUUGAAGCUUGUAUUGGGGCAAUAUUCGUUGAUUCGGAGUACGACUAUGCCGAAGUUGAGAAGUUCUUUGAUAGACACAUUCAAUGGUAUUUUGAGGACAUGUCUAUUUACGACAGCUACGCGAACAAGCAUCCAACCACUUUCCUUACCAAGUUCCUCCAAAUCAACAUGGGCUGCACGGAGUGGACAAUCAUCCCAAAGGAGGUCAAAACAAUCGAUGGAAGCAAACCUACUGUUAUUGCGGUCGUCAUUGUGCAUGGCAAGGUUGUGGCCGAUGCUCAAGCUGAGAGCAGCCGUUAUGCUAAGGUUGCAGCUGCAAAGAAAGCUAUGAACGCUCUCAGUGGUUUGCCACUAGCUGAGUUUAGAGCGAACUUCUCUUGCGAUUGCCGCUCUGACGAUGUUGGUAGCGAGGAAGGUACCGACCUGCAUGGGACCGCUAUCUGA